AUGUCGUGGUCGAGUGAUCAGAUAUCAUGUUUGAGUGAAGAAUAUAGGAAGUAUCCAGUUCUUUACUUUGUUAAACAUAAAGAUUAUCAUAACAAAGCAUUGCGAAAUGGUCCUCUACAAACAAUUGCUGCAGCUUUACAAAAACUGCGGCCCAAUGUGACAGAGGCAGAUUUGCAAAAGAAAUUUUUGGGAUUACGUACCACUUACAGCAAUGAACGUAGAAAGGUUUUGGCUUCAUUACGUAGUGGAAUGGAUAGUGAUUCAGUGUAUCAACCUAGUCUGUGGUAUUAUGCGAAAAUGGAAUUUUUGAAUAAUCAUUUGGCAAUACGAACAUCCGUUUCGAAUUUAGAUGCAUUAGUCUCCAACACUGAAGAAUAUGUAGUGGAAGAUAAUGUACUAUCACCUGUAUCUGAUACUGGGACAAUAACGCCUCGUGACGAAACUCCUGCUUUGUCAAGAUCGGGCACUCCGAUUGCGAGAAAAAGGAAGGCAACCAAAAAAGAUAAUGACAAUGAACUACUUUCACAGAUGACGAAGCAUCUUGGAAGUGUUGUCAGUACAUUAAAUAAUCCUAAAGAAACAAGUAAUGAUGAUGAUAUAUUUGCAAGUUUUAUUUCAUCACAACUUAAAAUGAUAUCAGAUCAACGAGUAAAAGCAAAUGUUAAAUACGAAAUUCAUGGCAUUUUGCAUAAAGCCAUGAACAAUUGAAUGUAAUAAAAGUAAUUUGUUCAAACAAUGCCUACUGCUCUAUCUUGCCAUUCCACUCUACCCACUGAAUUAAAGUAUUCACAAAAUUUGUCUCUAAUGUUAAUAGCUUCACGGCUGCUAUGACUUCCACCUUGUGAUGCAAUACUUUCCAGAUGACAUUCUUCUUCAGUUCGUGUAUAAAAUGGAUUGUUUGAUGCUAGGUGGUUGUGUAAUAUACAACACGUUAAUGUGAUCAUUUCAGCUUUUUCAGGGCUUAGGUUUAU